GGGGCGUCUGGGCGGUGCUUGGGGCGGCCCGUGGGCAUUCAGGGAGCCGGGUCAGAGGCCUGUGGUGCCCAGGGACGCCCCCGGUCUCGUAUAGGGCUCCCACAGCUUGGUGACGUUGCCAUCGGGCCGCCAGUGCGUUCUGGGAACAGGCGUCCAUCCAUUCUGUAAUUGGGAAAGCGGGCAUCCGUCCCGCCCAUUUAUUGAGCGUGCACUGUGCGCCACAAUCAGCACACAUUAAGCUCCUGCUGUGCGCCAGGCCUUGCGCUGAGCACAGGGGAUCCAAGAGGAGGCAGGCCUCGCCAAUCUAAUGCAGACGUGUAGAGCACCAGCGAGCGGGCACACGGGCCGUGCGGGGGUGGGGAGGGGGGCACAUUACAGGGUCUCCCCUGGGCUCUCCUCCUGGAGGCGCCGCCCGUCCCGGGCCUUAGGGGCUUCCUCUCCCCCUUCCCCCGGAGGCCCCCGCAGAGCGCCCUGCCCUGCUCCUGAACCCCGUCUUUCCCCGCUGUCCCAGCUGCCAGGGCCGCUGGAGAGAAGAGGCCCUGCCCUGGAAAGGGGCUGGGGGGGAUCCCAUCUUGCCGUCGCCGUCACCGCUGGACAUCUCCCCCUCCUGGUAGCCUCCCCCGGCCAUGACGGAGACCCGGGAGACCACGGAGACCGGGGGCUAUGCCAGCUUGGAGGAGGAUGAGGAGGAGCUGUCCCCAGGCCCAGAGCACCCCUCCGACUCGGACUAUACCCUCUCGGAGCCCGACUCUGAUGAGGAGGAAGAGGAGGAGGAGGAGGAGGAGGAAACCACAGAUGACCCAGAAUACGACCCUGGCUACAAGGUGAAGCAGCGUCUCGGUGGGGGGCGAGGGGCACCCUCGCGGAGGGCCCCUCGGGCUGCCCCACCCCCAGGGCCCCCACCCCAGCCCUGCGCCCUGUGUGGCCGCCCGCCCCCGGGGGAGGGGGCCGCAGCCCCGGGGGGCCCACCCUGUCGGCUCUGCCGCCCCGCCGCCCCCCAGGCGACGCCCUCCGCCCGCACUGCCGCUCAGCGCCAGGCGGGGGAGGAGGACGACGAGGACGAGGGGGCCACCUCCACUGGAGGCGAUGGGCCCCCUGGGGAUGAGGGGGGCGCUUACCACUGCACAGAGUGCGAGGAUUCGUUCGACGACCUUGGGGAGCUUCACGGCCACUUCAUGCUGCACGCUCGAGGGGAGGUGUGAGGCUGGCCCCCUCAGAGGGGGGCGCGGGGCUGAGAAGGGGUCACGGGGGGGCGGAGCCACCGGUCAAGUCUGUGUCUUCUGGACAGUAGCUGUGUUAGGUUCAAAUAAAGCCAGAUUUCUGUGUGUGA